AUGACAAAAGCGAUGAGUACCGACACCAUCCCGUUCCCCGGCGCCAAGUCGCCUGGCAUCACCGAUGUCACCCGCCACGCCUGGAUCACGUCCGACGACGUCGAGGCCGCCGAGGCCUCUCGGCGCGGCCCGUUUGAGCCUCACGACGACCACAACGGCGAUUUUGUCACCACCACCGAGGACCGCGACCUCAAGCGCGGCUUGGAGCAGCGCCACUUGUCAAUGUUGGGUAUCGCGGGCGCCAUCGGCACCGGUCUCUUCCUGGGUCUCGGUGGCGCUAUCCAGACCGGCGGUCCGCUUGGCGCAUUGCUUGGCUAUGCGACUGUCGGCUUGAUCGUCUGCGCCGUGCAGUUCGCUCUCGGAGAAGUUUCGGCGCUCCUCCCCGUCACCGGUUCAUUUGUCCGUCAUGCCGAGUUUCUUGUCGAUCCGGCCUGGGGAUUCGCUAUCGGGUGGAACUUGGUCUACGGCAACAUUUUGUCUAUCCCCUCCGAGAUCACAGCCAUCUGUGUACUCUUUGAGUUCUGGACCGACCUGAACCCCUCCGUCUUCAUUGUCAUCUUCAUCAUCUUGACGUUCAUCGUCGGCAUCGCCUUUGUGCGUGUCUUCGGAGAGGUCGAGUUCGUCUUCGCUAUGCUCAAGAUCCUCCUCGUCAUCUUCCUCAUCAUCCUCGGUCUCGUCAUCGACCUCGGCGGCGUUCCGGGAACCCCCCGCAUCGGGUUCAGGUACUGGCAAAGCCCCGGCCCCUUCGUGGAGCACAUCGCGACCGGCGACUGGGGCAAGUUCUUGGGCUACUGGGGUGUCAUGACCAGCGCCGUCUUCUCCUUCGCCGGCGUUGAGUCCCUCGCCAUGGCCGCUGCUGAGACCCAGAACCCUCGCCGUGCCAUUCCCCGCGCCUGCAAGCGUGUCUUCGCGCGUAUCGUGCUCUUCUACAUGCUCGCCGUUCUGGUCGUCGGUAUGCUCGUUGCCAGUGACGACCCCCGCCUCGACGACGCCUACGGCACCGCUGCUCAGAGUCCCUUCGUCAUCGCUGCCUCCGCUGCUGGUAUCCCUGCCAUUCCCAGCGUCGUCAACGCCGUCGUCAUCACCUCCGCCUGGUCUGCGUCUAACCAGAGUCUUCUCGCCGGCACCCGUGUCCUUUUCGGUCUCGCGCUCAAGGGACAGGCCCCGAAGAUCUUCCUCCGCACGACUGCCUGGGGUACUCCCUAUGUUUGCGUCUUGCUCUUCACUGCUUUCAUGUUCCUUAGCUUCAUGAGCUUGUCGAAUGGUGCAUUGACCGUCUUCUGGUGGCUGGUAGACCUGACUGCGGCCGGUGUUUUGGUGUCGUGGUCGGCUAUCCUCCUGAACCAUAUCCGUCUCAAGACAGCGAUGAAGAAGCAGGGCAUUGAGUUCAGCAGGCUGCCUUGGAACAACUCGUGGACCCUCUACAGCUCUUACGUCGCCCUGUUCAUGUGCAUCGUCAUUCUCUUCACGAGCGGCUUUGAAGUUUUCACCAAGGGCAACUGGAGCGCUAGUGGUUUCGUCUCGUCUUACUUGGAUAUUCCUCUGGUCACUGGCGCUUUCUUGAUCUGGAAGUUCGUCAAGAAGACCAAGGGCGUCGUUCUUGAAAACAUCCCGCUUCACGAUGCUUUCGAGCAGGCCGAUGCCUAUCCCGAGGAGCCUGAGAAGCAAGAGACUGGCCCUAUACGGUUUGUCAGCUGGAUCUGGAAUUAA